AACAUCCCUCGGCCGAGGCCCUCCCGCGGCCCUCCUCCUCCUGCCAUUAGCGCGGAGGAGGGGGCCGUGCUGGCAGAGGCGCCGGCUGCAGGCGGCGAGCGGGGAGCCGGCGGGAGGGCGGCGCGGAGAGCUGAAUCUGAGUGUUACAGCUGUCUCUGAAGUUGAGUUAUGUAAGCCAUGGAGUGGUUAGAGAGCAACAGAAGUUGAGGCUGUGGUUCUGAAGUCCAGUGAACCAUAGACUACUGUCAAGCCACAACAUACUCCCAGACCAUCGUGCACCUUUGAUUAAAAAACACUCCUGUCUCACUGACCACCUGCACGCUGCUGACAGUGUCUGUGGACCCCAGGUUGGAAAUCACUAAGUUAUGAGGAGCUGUGGUAUUGGGAACAAUCAUCUUCAGAAAUAGUUUCAGUACAUGUUACCAUGGCAAUGACUGCAGGGACUACAACAUCCUUUCCCAUGAGUAACCACACCCGGGAGAGAGUGACGGUGGCCAAACUUACGCUGGAGAACUUCUACAGCAACCUAAUUAUACAGCAUGAAGAGAGAGAAACCAGGCAGAAGAAGCUAGAAGUGGCUAUGGAAGAGGAAGGCCUUGCAGAUGAGGAGAAAAAACUGCGCAGGUCACAACAUGCUCGCAAAGAAACAGAGUUUCUGCGACUGAAGAGGACUAGACUUGGCUUGGAUGACUUUGAAUCUUUGAAAGUUAUAGGAAGAGGAGCAUUUGGGGAGGUACGCCUCGUUCAGAAGAAGGAUACGGGUCAUAUUUAUGCAAUGAAGAUACUAAGGAAAGCUGAUAUGCUGGAGAAAGAGCAGGUGGCCCAUAUCCGAGCAGAAAGAGAUAUUUUGGUGGAAGCGGAUGGAGCCUGGGUAGUGAAAAUGUUUUACAGCUUUCAGGAUAAAAGAAAUCUUUACCUGAUCAUGGAGUUCUUACCUGGAGGUGACAUGAUGACCUUACUAAUGAAGAAAGACACCUUAUCAGAAGAGGAGACACAGUUUUACAUUUCUGAAACUGUGUUGGCCAUAGAUGCUAUUCACCAGCUGGGAUUCAUCCACAGAGAUAUUAAACCAGAUAACCUUUUGCUGGAUGCUAAGGGUCAUGUAAAACUGUCUGAUUUUGGGCUAUGCACAGGUUUAAAGAAAGCUCACAGAACAGAGUUCUAUAGGAACCUUACACACAACCCACCAAGUGACUUCUCAUUUCAGAAUAUGAACUCAAAGAGGAAAGCAGAAACAUGGAAGAAGAACAGGCGACAGCUGGCAUAUUCUACUGUUGGAACCCCAGACUAUAUUGCACCAGAAGUAUUUAUGCAGACUGGGUACAACAAGCUGUGUGACUGGUGGUCUUUGGGAGUGAUUAUGUAUGAAAUGCUAAUAGGGUAUCCACCUUUCUGCUCAGAAACGCCACAAGAGACUUACAGGAAAGUUAUGAACUGGAAAGAAACAUUGGUAUUUCCUCCAGAAGUGCCCAUUUCAGAGAAAGCAAAGGAUUUAAUUCUAAGGUUUUGUAUUGACUCAGAAAAUAGAAUUGGUAGUAAUGGAGUAGAGGAAAUAAAAAGUCAUCCAUUUUUUGAAGGAGUGGACUGGGGACAUAUCAGGGAAAGACCAGCUGCAAUCCCUAUAGAAAUCAAAAGUAUUGAUGAUACUUCCAACUUUGAUGAAUUUCCUGAAUCUGAUAUUUUACAGCCAGUGCCAAACACAACGGAACCUGACUACAAAUCCAAAGACUGGGUUUUCCUCAAUUAUACCUACAAGAGGUUUGAAGGGCUCACACAGCGUGGCUCAAUCCCUUCCUACAUGAAAGCCGGAAAGUUGUGAAACAAAACACAAACCCGCAAAAGAUAUAAAAAUACAAACCUCAGGUAGCUGCAUCACCAGACCCGCUUGGCAUUAGUUAUCAAUACAUUGACUCUGGUGCGCAUCGAUUUCACAAGGAAAUUCUACAGGAUUAGGAUUUCUAAGACUACUACAGGAAUUAGUUGGCAGUGCCAGCUGGCUUUUUUUUUUUUUUUUUUAAUAUUUGAAUAUUUUUGUUAACUUUAUUAUACAAAGGUACUGGAAUAAAAGGAACAUACAUCCCUUUAACUGCACUGCCUAUGUGUGUAUAACGGUUAAUCAUGCCUCUCUGUACUGUGGCUUUGUACUGUAAACCAUCUAAUCCACCCAGGAGUAAAACAUAUCAUUUUAUGCAGCAUUGUUGUUAUACUGCUUACCUGGUGGGUUUUAGAUACGCAGUAUAAAAACCAUUGUCCGCAUUUGCAAAAUUCUCUGAGCAGUUGCUCAAGGGUGUUCCAGUUGUGGUGUGCAGAUCCCCCAUGAGUGUGGCAACAUUGAAUUAUUUUAAAUAGCAGUGUUCUGUGGGCCUACUUGUACUCUGCCUACCCUCACUUCCUCUCUGAAGGGCUUUAUCGGCCAAUCAUCCCUUCUUCUUUUUCUUCCUUUUUCCACUGUGAUCCGUUUAGUGGUAUUUCUGCUUUAAAUGAUAAUUGAUGGGUAUUACUGUUUAAGAUGACGAUGCCUAUUGGCAACUUCAGAAGAAAAAAGGAAUCCGAUUAAAAAAUAUAAAGAUUUUUAACUCAAGGGAAACUUUCUGAUACCAAGUUUUGAAGAGAUGGCAGAAUUUCCAGGACUGCAUUCCUGCCUCUGCUGUAAAGCAGAUCAUCUUUUUGCUACUCGUAAUUCAAAUAGCCUUUUCUGUUUCUGCAAAAUGUAUUCUAGAAAAGUGAACAAACUGCUGCUUUUUCUUUUUUGUCUCCCUAAGAAGUUCCAGGCAGAAGCGAUCCUGAUCUAGCCUUUUCUUUCCAUAAUACCCUGUAGCAGCCUCUGCCAAGCUAAAGGAAAUGGAGCACCCCACUACAUUCAGACUCUCCUGUGGGUUCCAUCGUCUUCUAGUAUCUCCAUCUAAUGGGGACCACGGGAUUAAAAAGGAUAAGCUGAGUCUGCAGCCCGGUUUCCAGGAACCACAAACAACCAUGACUGAAUUGGGCAGAGCACCUAAAUGUUAUUUCCCCCAGUGCAGGAUGGUGACAAACAGACAGCAGAGAUAGGUCUCCUUCUCCUAGGUCAAGGAAACUGAAGCAGAAAUCUCUCCAU